CAUGCUCAAAAAAUAGACGACAUGUAGAUCAGUAAUAAUAUAUCAAUUCUGAUAUUCUGGACUCCUAUUGGUCUAUAUUGAAGAAGUGGAAUAGAAUAUAGCAGUAUGGACUUCACUCAGUUGCUUUCUCUUGCGUCUAAAAAUGCCAACAAGCAGGAGAAAGUGGCAGGUGCAAUUAAGGCUACUUCAACUACUAGUGCCAUACAUAGUAGUAGGAACAGAAAUGAAAUUCCGAGUAGUAGAAUUGGUGCCAAUGGUGGUGCUAAUAGUAGAACUACUGCUACUGUGAGUAGAACAUCAAAGAGUAAAUGUGUAAGCGAAGAUGCAGUGAGGAGCUACAUGGAACAGAAGAAACAGCAGAUGCAAGACAAAGAAAAGAAACUUAUUGAAGAAAGGCGAGCUCUGUUGGAACAGCGUCUGGAGAAGCGAAAACAAGCGAAGCAGAAAGAAAGAGAAGAAGCAAUGACAAAAUCACUGCAGACUUUAAAAGAGGAAGAACGCAGAAAACAAGCUCGUCAAGCAGCUAGCUUGCAAUCUAGGCCGGAAACAGUCUUUUCAAAAAGCAAUAUUAGAGCCCAAUAUUCAAAUAUUGAGUCCGCGAGGCCGAACAGUGCUCCGAAGGGUCCAUCGGCACCUGUUGAUUUUCAAACACUGAUGAAAAUGGCAGCUAAAGGCAACGAAAAAGGAGACAAUCUCUUAACUGAAGAGCUGAAAGUUCAAGUGGAAAAACCAAAGAAAAGUUUGGACGAAGAAAUGGUUCAUUUGAAAAAGGUUAAAUCAAAACCGAUACCUCGACCUGCUGUUAAGACUACUACUACGACGAACAGUCACCUAAAGGUUGGUCCAAGUAAGCAAGUCGGAUCAACAAAUCCUCAGAGGGUAUGUGAAACCAGCUCAAAGGUGUCAACAAACGGUUUCAAAAGCAAAGGAAUAGCUGCGCAGUUUAGCCUGGGAUCCAGUAGUCAAUCUAGCAAUGAUAGUGCAAAGAAACACUCGCAACCUAGAGAAGAAAAUGAAUCUUUAUGUAAACCAAAGUUUAAAAGCAAAGGAAUAGCAGCGCAACUCGCUGCGCAGCCAGAAACGAGUAGAAACUAUGGUGCUAUGAAUCACGAAGUUUAUCAUCGUAAAGAACAGCCGAGACCCGAUCCGAUAUCGAGGGAACCCGAGAGAUACCCUGGAUCUAGUUCGGCUUCUAGUAGUAGUUGUGGGAAUUAUCAACAGUCUAGACCUCAAGUGUGUUCGAGUGCCCAGCCAGUAAGAGGCAGGGGUAUUGCCGCUCAGCUGGGUAUUAACUCAACCGCAAAACGCCGUUUCGAAGAGCGCAAGGAACUGGCCGAGCUUGAGAACGAGUACGACUCGGAACUAGACGACUUCAUAGACGACGAGGAAGAGGAUGGCCUGGGAUUCGACGGAAAUGGACAUGGAUCAGCUGACGACGUCCUUGCCGAGCUGAGAAAAAUCACAGGAUACGAUCCCUCGAGAUACAAUGACCAGGACAUCAGUGACUUCGAAUUGCGCAGGUCAAUGACCGCCUCAUUCAAUGAUAUUCUCAAGGAGGAAAAACGAAGUGAACGUAUUGGAAAAAAAGAGGACGCAGAAGAAUUCAAAAAAGACCAAGAAAAACAGAAGUUGAAAGCAGCCAAGAGAGCCAAAGUAGACGACUUGUACUGAACCAACUUUUGUAUGAAAUACACUCAUCUUCUUUCAUCUCAACAGAUGAACUCAAAGUCGCGACGUGCAAAGAUUUAAAUGCUAAAUUACGGAGUGGGCAUGGGUGGCAGUUUUUUAUAGUUCAAUCUUUUGCAAGAGUCGAUGAACGUAGUUCAGAUUCUUAUAUAGGCCGUGAUGAUGUUUUUUUUGUGUUUUAUUUAGGAAAAUCUUAAAACUUAAUAAGGCUCAAAUUUGUUUUUGCGCGGUGUUUGACUACUGAUUUUUUCAAAAUCAACUCAUUUCCUGCGUUAAAAGGAAGGCAAAAUCUACUA